GCGUUUGCGCCAAAAGGGGGUCUAACAGGCGGAUUGGAUUUUAACAGCAGUCUGUUAUCACACUUUCUCGCGCGCGGUUCGGGUUUCGGCGUUGGCGUGUUGCGGCUGCUUUCCUUAGGAAUUAAGCUUUAUAUUUAGCACCACAAUUAAAUAAUAGUCAUUAAAAAAACCACGUGCUACAACAACAACAACUGGUUAAAAAGCCGCCGACGUCGUCGCCGUUAUUGCCUGUGUGUUUGUGUGUGUGUCUGUUCUCGUGGGAGAAGCGAAGAGAGUGCGAAAAGAAGAGAGAAGUGAAGCGCGGAGUGCAAAGUGCAGAGCAGGUUGAUUGGAAAAAGCCGCCGCUAAAGAAGAGCUUAAUUAAAUCUUUAAAAAAAUCGCAUUGUGGAUAUCAAUAGUUAAAGCCUGUGUUUGUGUUUUUGUGGAACAUGUGCCGCGUUGUUGUUGUUUCCCAGUGAAGAGCGAAAAACAAGCAAAAAAAGAAAAACCGUGUGUGUGUCGUCGUCAAGCAAUUUGUUGCUGCUAUUGUUGUUGCUGUGAUCUUGCGUGGCAAGCUCUCCUCUUCAUCCGUACCCCUCUACUCACCACCUACCACCCACCACCCCUCCUCAACAUGAGCAAACGCGGUGCUGUCAUUUUGAGCUCAAUUCGUUUGCUCCUCGGCCGCUCUCACCAUGUGCGUCAGUUUGAGCUGAGUGGACUGCGUCUAACGCCGCUAUCGACAUCGUUUGUAACCCUGCACAGAAAUUUUGCCUCGUCUACGAAUUCCUCGGAUGAUGAGCAAAAAAAACUGGAGAAGCACAAAAAGGAAACGCCAACAAGUGGCGACGCUGAGGAUUUGAGGCGCCUCAAUCUCAGCGAUUUGAGGGCGCGUCUGCGUGAGCGCGGACUUAGUGCAACGGGCAGAAAGCAAACUCUAAUUGAACGCUUAGAGACAACAACAAUAACAACGACUACCACAACAACAACAACAGCGGCAACAACACCAACAAGCAACAAUUUGUCGCCGAUUUGCCACGGGGAGGAAACCACGCAACAACAACAACAGCCGCAGCUCGUAAAUUGUGUUGCCCGUGUUGCAGAGGCUGAGGCAGAUGCCUGUGGCAACAACGCGGCGACUUUGACGCCAGAAAAUGGGGAUGUGCAUCUGGAGUAUGUGAAUGGAAUGCCCCAUUUGACAAUUCGCCUGCCCAGUCGCAAUGAAUUGUGUCAGUUUGCACUGAAGCCCAUCUCACAUACAGUGGGCCAUCUGCUGGCGAUGCUGAGGGAGGAGGAUCGUGGCAUUGAUCGUGCUGCGAUCAUCAAUAAGCACGGCGUGCGAAUUGCCUCCUCCUGCACCAUUGACAGACUGCUGGAUGACGAGUUUAGCAUACAAAUCAACAAUCGCAGUCUGGAUGUGAAGCCGCCAGAACGUGAGAAGCUCACAGUGGAAACGGUUGAUAAGAUGGGCGAUGUACGCAAAAUCAUAGCACAGCUCUACGAGGCUUUUAAUGUGGGCGAAUAUCAGCUGGAGAAGAGCCAUCAAUUGGCUCAGGAAUUGGAAAGUCUACGCUACGAACUGGAGCCACUCGAGGAGAAAAAAAUGGAACUGGCCAAGAAGGCAGAAAGUCGCACCAAUAUGAUGACCUGGGUGGGACUGGGACUGAUGUCUGUACAAUUUGGCAUUUUGGCACGCUUGACCUGGUGGGAAUACUCUUGGGAUAUUAUGGAGCCGGUGACCUAUUUUGUCACCUACGGCACCACAAUGGCCAUGUACGCCUACUAUUGUGUAACCAAGCGUGAAUACAUCUUGGAGAAUGUGUAUAAUCGUGAGUACACGUUGAACAUCUAUCGGAAUGCCAAGAAGAAUCAGUUCGAUGUGGAAACCUAUAAUCGACUGAAGCGUAGAACGGCGGAAUUGGAAUAUAAUUUGAGACGUUUAAAUGAUCCUAUCAACAUGCAACUGCCGGCACAUUUGGUGCGCACCCAACUGGACACACCGCCCACGGAUGAGAGCAAAUCUUUGGAGAAGAGCAAAGAAAAGAGUACUUAAAAUAUCCCACUCCUUCUAGACAUCGUAGCGAACAGUUGCGAGACUAUAUGUAAGGGUAGAAGUUGAGAAGAAUGAGAGGAAAUCUAGUAAUAUAGCCAUCCAACUACUAAAUGAAAUUGAAACUCAAAUCCCUAAUCAAACAAUCAAUCAGUGAAUCAAUCAACUUAUCGUCCUUCAACUCAUGUUAAUCGCACAAAAAGAACAGUGAUCAAAAUUAUAGUCAACUUUAUAUAGAAUUAUAUAUAUUUACAUAUGUGGAUAAAUGGAUUUA